CCAUCCAUUAUUUUUUAUUUCCACAUUGUUUUCCCGUUUUUGAGUCAUCUUACAAGAACCUUAGCUCCCCCACUAGAACCCAACCCACUACAAUAUUAUUACUAUUAAUUGCUCUUCAUAUUCUUCUAUCUAUCUUAUCAUAUAUAUUUCUUCAACAUAAAAGAGUGAGUUUGAUGCAGCAUCGACAAAUUAAUAUGGCGAACCGGUGGUGGACCGACUCGGUUGGGCUGGGCGGGGUUGACACCUCUUCUUCCCCCAUCAAAAAACCGGAUCUGGGCUUUUCCAUAAACGACACCGUAUCGGCACCACCCACAGUGAACCACGGCGCAGAAGAGAAAGAAAACAGUGAAGAUCCCAAAGAGGGAGCCAUAGAGGUCUCAACACCACGCAGGCCCAGGGGCCGCCCACCGGGCUCCAAGAACAAGCCCAUACCGCCCAUAUUCGUGACCCGCGACAGCCCUAACGUUCUCCGAAGCCACGUCAUGGAGAUAGCAAACGGAACUGACAUCGCUGACAGCCUCAGUCAGUUCGCCAGAAAACGCCAAAGAGGUAUCUGCGUUCUCAGCGCCACCGGCACCGUCGCCAACGUCACUCUCCGGCACCCAACCGCUCCCGGCGCCGUCAUGCCACUCCACGGCCGGUUCGAGAUCAUUUCGCUGACCGGUUCGUUCUUGCCUGGACCGUCCCCACCCGGUUCGAGCGGUUUGACCGUUUACAUGGCGGGAGGACAGGGACAAGUUGUUGGCGGUGGAGUGGUGGGUCCAUUGGUGGCUUCAGGAGCGGUUAUGAUAAUGGUGGCUACGUUUUCCAAUGCUGUGUAUGAGAGAUUACCUAUUGAGGAUGAUGAAGACGAUGAAGGACAUGGUGGGGUGGUUCGUGGAGAGGGUUCGUCCUCGAAUCUGAUGUAUAAUAGUAACAAUUUGGAUUUGGGUGGUGCUCCGAAUCUGCAACAGUUGAAUCAUGAAGCUUAUUCUCCUUGGUCGCUUGGUCAUGCUAGACCACCCUUUUGAAUUUUAUGAACAUCUUCAACUUACUUUCUCUUUUCUGUUGUUGUUGAACGGUGAAUGUUUAGUCAAACGAGACGACAAUUGAUAAGUAUGUUAAUUUUAUAUAUUCUUAUGUAUAUUUUCACGUUACUGCAACAGCGAUCAUAUGAUCUAAAAUCCU